AUGACCGAUGAUAAUUCGGACUUAGAGACUCUACACUCAAAACGGCCUAAUCUUGGAAUUUAUCGAACCUUGCCUUUAGCUUUCAAAGCUUUAGGUGUUGUCUAUGGAGAUAUUGGUGCAGCUCCGAUGUUUGUAUUCAAUGGAAUGUUCUUAGAUCAACCUAACGAGGAUGAUGUCUAUG